AGCUCAGAUCUGACGUAUUCUUAUAAUUUAGCAGUGUCACUGCAGACCAUAGCACUUCACAGCAGAUUCCUUGUUCUGCAGCUUCUUGGAGAACAGAAAAAUAAGUUUCCUUCCAAUUCUGGACAAUUUGAAGAUCUAUAUGAAAAUAAUUAAUCUUUGCAGCAGCUCAAUCUGUAGGCUGCUUUACGCCAGCACUCCGUGCAGUCACAGUCCCUAUUCCACUCAACAAAUGAAAUCUUCUGAAGCUUAAGGUGCGUGUUGGAGAGGAGAAACCCCAACGCGGAGAGAUUAGUUCGUUCGGGCGCGGAUCUGAGAUGCCAAAGAAAUGAGUGUGAAGACGACCAUGACUAACCAGGAGAAGUGGGUCACUCUGAGCCCUGCAGAAUUCUCUCAGCUACAGAAGUACACCCAAUACUCCACAAAGAAACUUAAAGAUGUUCUAGAAGAAUUCCAUGGAUCUGGUGUACUCGUGAAAUAUAACCCGGAGCAGAAGCAGGAUGUUCUCAGUCAGCUGAUUGACUUUGAUGGCUUCAAACUGUUUAUGAAAACAUUCCUGGAGGCUGAGUUGCCUGAUGAUUUCUGUCAGCAUCUGUUCAUGUCAUUCAAGAACAAGUCCUCCCUUCCAAGCCCUUCAUCACAGGCGAGAAAUUCCAGCAGUUCCCCACUCCAUGCAGGAGGACUGGAGAGCUCUGAAACAAAGAGUGAGCUGCAAACAAUCAAAGGAAUCCCAUCUCCUUCUGUAACAUCUUCCCUUGCCAGCAGUGAUGAGUCAGAUGUGGUUCAGUUGAAGGAUAUUGUUUGCUACCUAUCAUUACUAGAAGGAGGACGACCUGAGGACAAGCUGGAAUUUAUGUUCCGUCUUUAUGACACUGAUGGAAAUGGAUCGCUAGAUAGCUCGGAACUCGACCAGAUCAUCAGUCAGAUGAUGCAUGUAGCAGAAUAUCUUCAAUGGGAUGUGACUGAACUGAAACCAAUUCUCCAGGAGAUGAUGGAUGAGAUUGAUUAUGACCAUGAUGGUACAGUCUCCCUGGAAGAAUGGAUUCAGGGAGGAAUGACCACAAUCCCGCUUCUUGUUCUCUUGGGUCUGGAAACGAAUGUGAAGGAUGAUGGGCAACACGUAUGGAGACUGAAGCACUUUAACAAACCUGCAUACUGCAAUCUCUGUUUGAACAUGCUGAUUGGUUUUGGCAAGCAAGGCCUCUGCUGUUCCUUCUGCAAGUAUACAGUUCAUGAGCGUUGCGUGGCCAGAGCCCCACUAUCCUGCAUUAACACCUAUGUCAAGUCAAAAAAGAAUGCUACUGUAAUGCAUCACUUUUGGGUGGAAGGAAACUGCCCAAAAAAAUGUGACAAGUGCCAUAAAGCCAUCAAAUGUUAUCAGGGGCUUACAGGUCUUCACUGUGUAUGGUGUCAGAUCACUCUCCACAACAAGUGUGCUUCCCACGUGAAACCUGAAUGUGAUUGCGGACCACUGAAAGAUCAUAUUUUACCGCCUUCCUCGAUUUGUCCCAUUGUAUUGGAAAGACAAUCGACUGUGAAGAAAAGAGACGAUAGUUCCCAACAAACAAAAAAAUCAGAGGAGCGCACCAAAAUUCAAAGAGCUAACUCUGUCACUGUGGAUGGACAGGGACUCCAGAUCACGCCGAUUCCAGGCACACAUCCACUUCUGGUGUUUGUAAACCCUAAAAGUGGUGGGAAGCAGGGAGAAAGAAUCUUCAGAAAAUUCCAGUUUCUUCUGAAUCCACGCCAGGUUUAUAGCCUUGCCAGUAGUGGACCUAUGCCAGGGUUAAACUUUUUUCGAGAUGUUCCAGACUUCAGAAUUUUGGCUUGCGGUGGAGAUGGAACAGUUGGAUGGAUCCUAGAUUGCAUAGACAAAGCAAAUUUGCCUCAACAUCCUCCAGUGGCAGUUCUUCCACUUGGAACAGGCAAUGACUUGGCAAGAUGCCUUAGAUCAGGGGGAGGUUAUGAAGGGGAAAGUCUGAUGAAGAUAAUUAAAGACAUUGAGAAUUGCACAGUGGUCAUGCUGGAUAGGUGGAAAAUUGAGGUGAUACCACAUGACAAGGAAGAAAAGGGAGAUCCUGUACCUUACACUAUUAUCAACAACUACUUUUCCAUAGGAGUGGAUGCAUCAAUAGCCCACAGAUUCCAUAUCAUGCGAGAAAAACAUCCUGAAAAGUUCAACAGUAGAAUGAAGAACAAAUUCUGGUAUUUUGAAUUUGGGACGUCUGAAACAUUCUCUGCCACCUGUAAAAGGCUACACGAAUAUGUCGAGAUAGAGUGCAACGGAAUCCAGCUGGACUUGAGCAAUAUGCCAUUGGAAGGGAUAGCUGUUUUGAACAUACCAAGCAUACAUGGAGGAUCAAACCUUUGGGGAGAGAGCAAAAAAAGACGAAGCUAUCAUCGAGGCAGUAAAAAGGUGCCAGAGAAACGGGCAACAGUCAUAGAUGCCAAAGAACUGAAAUUCUGUGUUCAAGAUGUAAGUGAUCAGUUAUUCGAAGUGAUUGGUCUGGAAGGAGCCAUGGAGAUGGGACAGAUCUACACUGGACUGAAAAGUGCGGGGAAAAGACUAGCACAAUGCUCUCUGGUAACCAUCAGAACCAGUAAGUUCCUGCCAAUGCAGAUUGAUGGAGAACCUUGGAUGCAGACUCCUUGUACAAUUACAAUAAGUCACAAGAACCAGGCUCCGAUGUUGAAAGCUCCACCUCCUAGGACUGGCUUUGUGUCCUCAGUCAUCAAGCGAACCAGGAACUAAGAUGUAAGGAUAAGUUGGGAAAAGAAGCUAGCCUCUUGAGCAGCAUAGUUUCUUUUAAAGUGAGAACAAGGACAAUAUGGAAAUUGAAACCGAAAUUAGGAAUAAGUUGUACUCUAUAAGGACCAGUUUUCAAAUUUACUCUGACUGUAGGGAAUCUCACCCACAGAAGCACAUAAUGGAAAUUCAGUCAUGCCCUGGGCAUGGCUUUCCUCUCUGUUCAUAAUAAUAGUCAAAAAAAAAUAGAUGGAAAACACAUCCAAAGCUCCAAUGGACACUGUUGACAAGAGAUGCUUCCCUGACUGGACGAAGCCAGAGAAAGUAUCACCUAGAUUAGAAUAGUGCUCACCAUUCAUUCACACAGUCGCUAUUGAUGUGAUUGAACAUAAGAAUUAAAUCGUGAAGGUUAACUGGCACAUGUAACAUUGACCUUCAGUUUAUGCAUGACAAACAUUUAACUUUUAUGGCCUAUGAGUUCAAAUUGCAUGAAUUGCAUUUAGGUUUAAGUGCAGGACGACAUUCCUUGCUUUUGUCUUUUGUGAUAAUUGGAAGACAAUUUUUAGCUCAAAGCCAUUCGCUUCAAUAAAAGCUUUCCUGUGGUUAGGAUGGAGGUCUAAGGUGAUAGCAAUUACUGUCAUUAACUUUUAAAGUAUAGCAGAGCCACAUUAAGCAACUGUACUGUAUUAGUAAUAAACCGGUAUGAAAUUCCUUGGCACAUAUCUAAAUUAAAGUGUUAACUAAUGUCUCCAUUAAAAUAAAAGUUUGUCAUACAGAUACAUCUAUUAUUAUCAAUACCACAUAAAACAAAACUAUUAAAAAUUCUCUCAGCUAAUGAAAGUUAGAAAAAUUAUGUUACAAAAAAUAUGAUGGACAGUUCCUUCUGAGUUACUUUGCCAGCCCCCUGCUUAUUCACUGCAUGUCCAGGAUUUCAUGCCAACAGUAAUGGGAGUUGAGUGUGGGGAAGUGGAAAGUGACAGAGAAUCAGUUGAAUAUAUCCUACCAAUUCUGCUGCAUUACUAUGCAAAAGACAGAAAUUUAUCAUCAAACGUAAUUACUGUCACUUGCACUGUAACAAUGCUGGAUGCCAGGGAUGAUAUAUUUCCAAAGUUUUUACAUGUUACAGUUCAGGGGAAUGGUUCAUGUGAAACGAUGGGAGCCAAGAAAUAGAGCUCAAACAUAUAGUUCAGAAACAAGGUGUCAUUUACCUGUAUGUGUUUCAGUGUGUGGAGCUACAGGCCAAUACAGCAAAUUUGUAGUGUUGUCCGAAAAAGAAACUGACAGAGAGAGGAAAGUAUUGAUAGAUUAAGUUAUUGGGCAAAACCGUAGCAAAUAGAUUUUGUCAUAAGAAGAUAUGGUCCUGAAUGUUUACAAAGUCAUGGGGAUGCCACAGCAUAUCCAAACUUGAAAGUAGACUUUUGAUCUACAUUCAGUGCCACAGAAACUGUUUUUGCUGGAAAGGGGGUUUAGAAAUAAGAAACCUGAACUCUGAAGGGCUGUUUAAACUUGAUGCAGAAAUCAAGUGGACCAAGUUUUUACUGAAACACUUGGGGUGGAAGUUACAAAUCUUCAGCAGCCUUUAUGACUUAUUUAAUGUGUGGAUGAGAUCUGUAGAAAUUUUAAGCCAUACGAUUAUUUGAAUGUACAGCCCUGUAAAAAAAAAUUUAAAAGGGAAAAAAGAAGUUCAGUUGAAAAACAUUUGUUCCAGCUAUAUCAAUAGUCUUUUGUUGGUAUAGCCCUAACCGCUAUGACUGGAACGUUAGUGUCUUCAACAGCCUAUCAUUGUCACAGUGAUAUUGAAGGUUGAGGUGUUUUUGAUUUGGGGUUAUAGAGAGAAAAUUUGUUUUUAGAAAGGAUUAAUUACUGAUCUAAAUGUACUGAUGUAUCAUAGAAUAAGGAUUUUUCUAUAUUGUGAAAUUUUUAACAGAUGUUUAGAAUUUUAUCUUAGCUCAUCUUAUCAUGUUUCCUGAGGACUGCUCAUUGUGGAAAAAGGGUGAAUUGGUACAAGGGUGUAACAUUCCAUGGGACUGAAUAGAAGCUCACGAGUUGGCACUAAGUUUGCACAUGUAUUUUAAGGAGCCAUAAGGACAGGUUAGACAGCAUGUUUUGGCAUGAGCUAGCAUGUAUAGGGCAAACAGUAUGGCUGGGGAGUGGUGAGGAAUAAAAGCUGAACAGUGAGAUGUUUGGGAAACAGCUGGGAUGAAGUCUCAAGAGCCCGAGGUAGACCUUCCAGCUAGUGCACCAUGCUACUCAUCCAUCCUGCACUUCCCAUCCCACCCCUAUUUCUGGAAGGAAAAUGACUCCAUUCAGGGCACUAUUUUCAAGGUGAGUGUAAUGUGCCAGAAAAUGUCUCUAUUUCUCACCUUUGGAGCAAAAAGUCAAAAUCCUCUACUCACCCAAUUUAAGUUUAAAAUGAAUAGUUAAAUAACACGAUGGGAUUAUGCUAGCUGAAGCUGUAAUCCCAAUGAUUUGGAGGGUUAAAGAGUGAUUUGAUCAAAAUAUUUAAGGUAUUGAAGGGAGCAUAUGACAGUGUUAGACACAAUCAUAAGGCAGAGUUUUCCAUUCCCGCAAUGAGCUCAGUGUUGGGCUAAUUUCUGGUUUAUGAAAUCAGAUGUACUUGUGGCAGGCCAUCAGGUGCAAUCUUCCUGGAGGAUGCUUAUUUAGAAGCUGCCUCUGGAUAAACCAUUCAGUUUGGGACAUUGAGCAGCCUGAUGAUGAUGGAGAGUCAGAGUACCUGAAGAGAAAGGUGGCGAGCAGACCCACUGUGAGUGUUGUGUUUUGCUGAGGUGAAUGGUUAAGGACAGGGGAGCACAAGGGGAAGUCCUACUGCUUAUGGGAUCAGAAGCCAAUUCCAGUAUCCAGUGGAUCGAUUUUCAGAAAACAAGCAAACAGUUGAAACAUUAGCCUUUGCACAUCUGAAUAUUGCCAGUUUUGUGUUUUAAAGUGGCCAACUACAUCUGAAUAUCAUAAUAUGAUGACCUGCUUUGCCAUAAACCUAUGAGAUAUAGAAGCAAAAUUAGACCAUCUGGCCCAUCAGGCCUGCUCCACCAUUCGAUCAUGGCUGAAAUUGUCCUCAACCCUUUUCACCUGCCUUGUCCCUAUAACUGUUGGUCCCUUACUAAUCAAGAACCUAUCAAUCUUUGUCUUAAAUACACUCAAAUGACUUGAUCUCCACAGCCUUUUGCAGCAAAGAGUUCCAGUGAUUCACCGCCCUCUGGCUGAAGAAAUUCCUUCUCAUCUCAGUUUUAAAGGGUUGUCCCUUCACUCUGGGGCUGUGGCCUCAGGUCCUAAUCUCUCCUACUAGUGGAAACAUCUUCUCCAUGUCCACUCAAUCUGGGCUUCUCAGUAUUCUGUAAGCUUCAAUGAGAUUCCCUCUCAUCCUUCUGAACUCUGCUGAAUACAGACUUAGAGUCCUGAACAACUCCUCACAUGACAAACCCUUCAUCCUCAGGAUCAUUCUUGUAAUCAUUAUUCUCCAUGCAUUCAUUGCUUCCUUUGUUCUAAAACAAAAAUUAGCACAGGUUUGUUGGGUUGUAUAGCCUAUUUCUGUGCUGUGCUGUUUUUUUGUUCUAAACAUCUUCUGGACCACAGUCCAAAACUGUUCACAAUCUUCCAAAUGCUGUCUGACCAAUGCCUUAUAAAGCCUCAAUAGUACAUAGAACAUUACAGUGCAGUACAGGCCCUUUGGCCCUCGAUGUUGCACCGACCUACGAAACCAAGCUGAAGCCCAUCUAAUCCAAACUAUUACAUUAUCAUCGAUAUGUUUACCCAAUGACCAUUAAAUGCCCUUGAAGUUGGUGAGUCUACUACUGUUGCAGGCAGGGCAUUCCACGCCCUUACUACUCUCCUAGCCAUCACCAUCCUAGGAAAAAGGCUCUCACUGUCCACCCUGUCUAAUCCUCUGAUCAUCUUGUAUGUCUCUAUUAAGUCACCUUCUUCUCUCUAACGAAAACAGCCUCAAGUCCCUCAGCCUUUCCUCAUAGGACCUUCUGCUCUUAUAUUCUAGACCCCUCAAAAUGAAUGCUAACCUUGUAUUUUCCUUCCCAACUGCCAGCUGAUCCCCCAUGUUGACCUUAAGAGAACCUUAAACUAAGACUCCCAAGUCACUUUGUGAUUAAGCUUUCUGAAACUGUUCCCGUUUAGAAGAUAGGCUGUGCCCCGAUUCUUCCUACCAAAGUGCUAUAACUUCACUUUCCCAAAUUGUAUUCUAUUUGCCACUUCUUUACCCACUCUCCUAGCAUCUGCUUCAGCAUCCUCUCUGCUUCCUCAAUACUAUCUGUACUUGCAUCUAUCAUUGUCAUUUGCAAGAUUAACAACAAUGUUGUCAGUUUCUUCAGCCAGAUCAUUAAUAUAUAAAGUGAAUAAUCAUGGUGCCGACACUACCCCUGCAGAACUUCACUAGUCAUCAGCUGCCAUCUUGGAAAAGACCCCUAUCUUCUCCAUUCAGCCUGUCCUCAAUCCAUGCCAUUACCUUACCCUAACACCACUGCUCAUUUUAUUUAGAAUAUCAAAGGCUGUCUGGAAAUUGAAAUUGAUCAUGUCCACUGGCUCUGCUUUGUAUAAUUUGGUCGUUACUUCUUCGAAAGAAUUCUAACAGAUUUGUCAGGCAUGAUCACUUCUUGGUGAAGCCGUGCUGAUCCAGCCCUAUUGUACCACGCAUUUCCAAGCACUCCUGAACCUUAUCCUUCAUAAGCAACUCUUAAAACCUUACCAACAACCAAGAUCUGGAUAACCAGCCUAUAGUUUCCCUUCUUCUGCCUCCCUCCUUUCUUAAACAGGGGUGUUAUAUUUUCCAGUCCUCUGGGAUCCUCCCUGACUUCAGUGAUUCCUGAAAGCCCACCAUCAAUAGCUGUACAAUCUCCUCAGCCAGCUCCUUCAGAACUCUGGGAUGUAGUCCAUCUGGUCUGGGUGAUUUGUCCACCUUCAGGAAGCUUUCAGCUUUCCCACCUUCUCCUUAGUGAUGGCUUGAAUGGCCUACUAAUUUCCCUUGUGAUCCAGAGUUUUCAGUGAUCAACCUUAUAUGGAAUUCAAUUUUCUGUAAUAGUUUAAACAAUAACUUUGGAGAUUUUGGGCAACAAUUCUGAGAGGAUGAGCUAGCCUGCGUGUCAGCCUGUAAUAAAAUUUAUCCCAUUCAUUUCUGGAAACAUUCACCUGAAAUAAACAUCAGAAAGCUAUUUCAGUGGCCAGAAUGAUCAAGUCUUAUAUCCUUACUGACCUAUUUCUUCAGUAAAAUGGCUGAACUGUAAGAACUUUGCAAUCAGAAAUGUAUAUAUCUGUGUUAGAGGUAAAGUCCUUAUCAUGUAAGGCAAGUGCCCUGCUAUCUGUAAAAUAAGCAAUCAUUUGAAACCUUGAAGAACUAGAUAAGUUUUUGUUUUGUCAAAAUCAACGAAAUAAGAAUUAAGAGAUAACACGGUGUGAAGCUGGAUGAACACAG